AUCUUCAAAAAGAAUGAGACAUGGCUUCAUGUUAAACCUGACUCAUCGCUAUGAUUCGAUUGAUAAACAAACAAUACAUAUUCCGUUUGGACAAGCCGAGUAUCAAAAAGACAAUUCAGAUGCUCAUAACUGCAGCAGGAUAUCCCAAUUAUGACAUUGGCGUCAUGUUUACUGUUGACAAGACAAUACGCAAGUUGAAUAGAGAGUACAGAGGGAAAGAUAAACCUACAGACAUUCUAUCGUUUCCUUUUGUAGAGGCACUAAAACCGGGAAAGCUACCAAAACCACAGUCGGUUGAUGAAAGAAAUUUGGGCGAUAUUGUUAUAUCAAUGCGCUAUCUCGAUCGCUGGUGUGGAGAACACGGUGUUGACAUUAAUGAUCGACUACCAGUCCUCUAUGCUCAUGGAAUAUGCCAUUUGCUUGGAUACGAUCAUGAGAACAAAAAGGAUUACUUGAAGAUGAGACGUAAAGAGCGCAAGAUCCUUGAUCAGAUGAAUGAAUGGAAGGCCAUUAUUGAAGAACAGAACGACUCAAGUUCAAAGGCAAAAUCUUCACGACAAUAAUCAUGAAGCCAGGUCUCUGAUCUUUUAUUAAAAAUAUAUAUAUGUAUAUGGCAAAGAAG